GCUCUCACGGGACCCCCCUCACCACACUCAGCCCCAGCACCGUGACCAGAACAGCGCCUGGAGCCCUGUGCCCUCAAGAGGCCCCCCCAUGUGGCUGUACGUGGUGCUGGCUGCCCUGGCCUGGGUGCUGGGCUGGCUCGUGCGAGACCACCGGACCCUGCCCUCGGUGAAGGACAAGCACGUUUUCAUCACGGGCUGUGACAGCGGCUUUGGCAACCUCCUGGCCCGGCGGCUCAGCCGGAGGGGCUACCGAGUGCUCGCUGCCUGCCUGACCCCGCACGGCGCCGAGAGCCUCCAGAGGAGCUGCGGGGGCCACCUCCGGACCACCCUGCUGGAUGUGACCUGCUCUGACAGCAUCCGCAGGGCCGGGGAGUGGGUGAGGGCAGAGGUGGGAGAGAAAGGCCUGUUCGGGCUGGUGAACAAUGCGGGAGUGGCCAACCCGAUCGGCCCCACGGAGUGGAUGGACAUCGAGGACUAUCGACGGGUCAUGGCCGUCAACACCUUCGGGGCCAUCGAGGUGACGCUACAGCUGCUGCCGCUGCUCAAACGGGCGCGGGGCCGGGUGGUCAACACGUCCAGUGUCCUAGGCCGGGUCUCGGCCAACGGCGGCGGCUACUGCAUGUCCAAGUACUGCGUCGAGGCCUUCUCCGACAGCCUGCGAAGGGACAUGUACCACUUUGGGGUCAAGGUGAGCAUUGUUGAGCCCGGGUUUUUCAAGACGGCCGUGACCAACCUCGACGUCAUCGAGGCAUCGCUGCAGCAGCUCUGGGAGCGCCUGGCGCCCGAGACACGGCUGAGCUACGGGGAGGACUUCUUCCAAAAAUACCUGAAGGUGCAGAGGUUCAUCAUGACGCUGAUGUGUGACGGGGACCUGACCAAGGUCACGGGGUGCAUUGAACAUGCGCUGGGGGCACGACACCCCCGGACCCGCUACAGUGCGGGCUGGGAUGCGAAGCUGCUCUGGCUCCCGGCCUCCUACCUGCCCUCCUGCAUCGUGGAUCUGGUCCUGGCCACCAUCCUGCCCAAGCCAGCCCACCGUGUCCGUUAGACCCCCCCAGACUCCCCUCCGGAGGCGGCGAGGCCCCCAAAGUGUGGUGAAUAAAUCCCCUGGCCCGACCCCUGCCUGCUCGGGGCCGUUGGGGGCUGUUGGCA